AUGCCACGAAAACAAGUAAGAACUACUAGCAGAGGUACCACAUCUGAUAGCACAAUGAAAACAGCAGCACUUCUAUGUUUAGAUGAACAUAUGUCAGAACGAUCUGUGGCUACGAGCUUGAAUAUCUGCCAUGUGAGUUUAAACAGAUACAUAAAAAAGUUUAAACUAGAUAGAGAAACAGGUAGUUCUUUACCGUCAGUUGGUUACCGGCCACACAGUAAGGUAUUUAAUGAAAUCCAUGAAAAGCAACUUGUAAACUAUAUAAAAAAUUCAGCCGAUAUUUAUUUUGGUUUAAGUUCUAAGGAAGUUAGAAAAUUAGCAUUUGAAUAUACAGUUAAGCAAGAACUAAAAAUACCAAAGAAUUGGACACGGAACAAAGAAGCUGGUGUUGAUUGGUUCUCUGAAUUUUUAAAAAGAAAUUCAUCAAUCUCCAUCCGUCGCCCCGAAGCGACAAGCUUAUCAAGGGCUAUGAAUUUCAACAAGGUAAAUGUUAAAAAUUGUAUGGACAAAUAUCAGUCAGUUUUGUUGAAGUAUAAAUUUGAAGGGCAAGAUAUUUACAAUUUAGACGAAACAGGGAUUACAACAGUCCAAAGGACAGAAAAAGUAGUAGCAUCUCGUGGUAAAAAGCAAAUUGGUGCAAUUACAUCUGCCGAACGUGGCACAUUAGUCACAAUGUGCUUGGCUGUAAACGAUUUAGGUAAUUUUAUUCCUCCCAUGUUUAUAUUCCCUAGGGUUAAUUAUAAGGAUUACUUUGUAAGAGGAGGCCCAUCUGGUUGUGUUGGUGUUGCAAACAAGUCAGGAUGGAUGCAAGGAAAUUAA